AGCUGACGGCCGAGGCGCUGGGGGCGGCGGUGAGGGGCGGGCGCCGCCACUCGCAGUUGGCCGCCGCCGCCGCUGCCGUGCAGGAGCCGCCGCCGGGCCGGAGGCCGAGCCGCCGCCAUGCCCUCGGAGAAGAGCUUCAAGCAGCGCCGCACCUUCGAGCAAAGAGUUGAAGAUGUACGGCUGAUUCGAGAGCAGCAUCCUACCAAAAUACCGGUGAUCAUUGAACGGUACAAGGGGGAGAAGCAGCUUCCAGUUCUGGAUAAGACCAAGUUCCUGGUGCCGGAUCAUGUCAACAUGAGCGAGCUAAUCAAAAUUAUCAGGCGACGCCUGCAGCUGAACUCCAACCAGGCGUUCUUCCUGCUGGUGAACGGACACAGCAUGGUGAGCGUCUCCACGCCCAUAUCCGAGGUGUACGAGAGCGAGAAGGACGAGGACGGCUUCCUCUACAUGGUGUACGCCUCUCAGGAGACUUUCGGAGCGCAACCUUCCGUUUAGGACACGCGAGCGGCUUCUGGCCUAGGAUCCUGGUUUAAACUCGGCCGUCACCCCCACUCCUCCCCACACACACCCCAGGGAAAGAAACGGAUGUCACCUCCGCUCUCAGUACCUUAGCAUAGUCUUGCUUUAGCAGGUGUCUUAUCUUCCCUUGCCUUGUUUGUGACUAUUAAACAGUACAGACGAGCACCUCCAGCUUUGAAACCUGCUGUAAUAUUCCACACAGGCACAUUUACAUUUCUGGACUCUAUGAAUGGAACCCAAUUGUGCAUGUGACAAUUGCAAAGAAAGGGACACUCGAUUGACUUUAACAAGCAAACAGGCACCAGUGAGGAGCUAAAGUGUUGCGUGUGACAGUUUUCUGGAGAAUCUCCCCGUGAUUCCGUAAAGCUAUAUAAAUAUAUUUUCUUUUUUUUUAAAAUGGGAAGGCUUCUAAUGAGAGCGAGUUAUGUUAUAACGUUCCAAAGCUUUGUCUUCUGCAGCUCGAUGAGGUUGGUGUCAGUGCUGCAGCGCGUUAAGGCAAGCGCUUGGGGUGAGCUGGGGGAGCACAACUCUUUUUGUCUCCCGUUCUUGUGGCACUGCCGACUUAGGAAACGGUGCCAGUUUCUGAAAUAACUCAUACCAAACACCACAGCUUUAUUGUAGUUUUAGGAAGUGUUAACUGUAAAAAAAAACAAAACAAAAAUACAACACCACCUGGACAGGUAACGUUGAAAUAAACUCCAGUCUGCUAUGAAGUUCCAAUGCCUGUGUGAGACACUGUAUGUCCCUAGGGGCUUGCUUCCAAAAGAAGCCAUUCCCUCGCCCCGCAGAGCGUGCGGGGAGCAGGGAGCCGAGGGAGCCAGCACGGGCAGCGCCCGCAACGCUCACGGCUGCUUUGCACCCUGCAGCCCGGCACUGGACUCAGCCGUGCUACUGGAAGGACGACCCCUUGCUGCCCAGCCAUUCUGUCACUUCUUUUGCAUGUUACCGCCGGCGGGGUCAGGGAGAUCUGCUCCUAGCAGCAUUUUAUUUUUUUUUUUGACGUCCAGGAGUUGCUGUCGAGAUUUGACGAACAAAUGAGUUUAUUUCUUACCAUCGCUGACGUCUCCUGCCGCUUGCAUGGGGUUUGGCAAAGCUUGGUGUCGCUCCUUGCCCUGAGCGGGGAGGCAGCCUGUGCAGAGGAAAGGUAUCUGGUAGGACCUGUGUUUUUCCUCUAGGUUGUUGUCAAGUGAAGUGUAGCAGGAUGCGAUUACUCGUGUAUAUUCUGUGUCUGUGAACUAACUACAUCUGUUACUGGAAGCUAACUUACUAUAAGGGGGGAAAAAGAAGCAAUACUACUGCGUCUUGGCACUCUAGCUCAAUAAGGUGUACAAUUUGUACCUACCUACACCUCUUUGCAUGAAUCUUGGUCACGAUGCUUACUUCAAAUUUUUUAAUGUUCUUUGUGUUUUUAUUCCGGCGUAAACUUUUAAAUGCAGCUUGUUCUAUGUUUAGUUCUGUUUGUGUAAGAAAUUGUUUAACUCAUAACUGACAACCAUACUUGUAAUUACAACGUGAUUGACUGAUAUUCCUGUACAAAUGUUGCUUUUUUAAAAUUAAUACAGUGCUGAUAUGGAUGGAUUACAUCCCAACUUCA